GUUUAGUUGACGAUCAACAUCGAUGAACAGAUCGUAACGGGUUGUAUCAUAUCCAUCCUAUCGGCGACUUUGCUACUCGCCUGAGCUGAUUGCGAUCGCAGAGACUUUGCAGCGCUACAUCAUCUUGCAGUCGACGCCGCAUCGGCGGAACUUCUCUUGACCGUGACGUUGUGGCACGCAGUUUGCGAUAGUAGUAUCUUGUCAUGCGUCAGACCGAAAAAGAACGCCUACAUGACCUUGAUAAUUAUGUGAUGAACUACAUCCCAAUCCACCUCGUGCGCCUAUCAGACAUGGCCCUUGUUAGUCGCGAAGAUGUGAGGGAGCACUUCAAGGCGCGUUUUCUCCAGUCUGACGGUCCCCCGUCCGAAACUGUCAAAUAUGCCACUCUGUCUCACCGAUGGGGCCAAGGAGAGCCCACCUACGCUACAUUUGAAGAGAUGAAGAAGUCCGCGCGUAAAACUCCAGGACUCGAAAAGCUGAUGAAUUUCUGCGAAAAGGCCAAGGAGUGCGGUGCGGAAUUUGCGUGGUCGGACACGUGCUGCAUCGACAAGAGCAGCAGUGCCGAACUCGACGAGUCGAUUCGUUCCAUGUUCAAGUGGUAUCGCAACUCGCACGUCUGCAUCGUCUAUCUGGCGCAAAGCGAAACCAUCGAGGAUGUAUUGCAUGAUGAAUGGAUGGAGAGAGGCUGGACGUUGCAGGAACUCCUUGCACCUAUCCGUAUCAAAUUCUUUAACAAGCGCUGGAUAGCCAUCACUCGUAAUAACAACGACAAAGAUCACUCCAAGAUGAUGGAUACUCUGAACAGAGCCACUGGCAUCCCUCAUGGUGAUCUCCGUCGCUUCAAUAAUAUAUCUCCAUCCAACGUGGAUAAACGGAUGACGUGGGCAGCCAAACGCAAAACAACAAGGGUUGAAGACGUGGCCUACUCCCUGAUGGGAAUAUUUCGCGUUAGCAUGCAGAUCGCGUAUGGAGAAGGAGGAGACAGCGCCUUUGGCAGGCUCAUCGAAGCCAUCAUGCAGGCUGGUGACCCUUCUGUCCUCAACUGGAAGGGCGAGUCUGCAAGUUAUUGCAACUAUUCGCGUGCUAUUCCUCAAUCGCCACGGUGCUUCGUGGGCGAUGGACUUUUGAGUUACCGUGGCCAACUGGAGAUGACUAUGACCAGUCUUGGACUGCGAGUGCCUCUAGUGAUGCUCCCUCUCAAUUUCCAUUCCUUUUAUCUCUCGGGGGAUAAGGAAAUCCUGAAAUUUGAAUGCUCGCUGUGUCCAGCCCUCAAGAUUAAUAUUAAAAGUCCCUACAACCCGGGCUACGGCCACACCUUCAAAGAGCCCGGAAGGCACUAUGCAGUCGGGAUUGUCAAUUAUUCCCUUAUCGGUGAUGGGUCGCGCGAAGUCCUAAAGAUCUCGGGCAAGUCGGCUGGCUUCAUCUUGAUGAAAAGUGUUGACGACACCCCACCCGACCCUCCUUCAAGACCUGCCAGCUGUGUUGGGCUUCGAUUUGUCUCUCCCCCGCAGCGGGAGCUGUGUCCGUGGGAGGCGAUAGAAGGGGGCUUGGUCGAGGUCAAAUUCCCGAAAAUUAACAGUAACGACAUUUUUUACAUUGGUCGUGAGUACCUGGAGACUGUCUACAUAUAGUAGUGGCUCUACGAUAGCGAACAUCGUCAGUACUAAGUAAUUGUAAGCAGUGUUACUAACGUUUGGAAUAUCGGGCUGUCGUCUGCUUGAGAUAGC